GAUUUAUUUAAAAAAAAAAGAGGGUAAUGUAAUGGGAAUGCAGAGCCACACAAAGCAGAGAGAGUGAUGAAUAAAGUGAUGAUGAAGAUGAAUGGUUAAUGGUUAAUGAACAUGACCAUGGCUUCUACUCUCACUCACACACUCUCUCUCACUCCUUCCACUUCCCAUUCAUAUCUCUCCCAAACCAGACACAGUUUUCGUUUUCCCACAAUUAAGUUACCUUCUUUCAGCAACAAUAACCGUAAUAACCACCGUGUCUUCUUUAAAGUCUCAGCUUCAUCUUCAUCUUCGUUUCAAGCUCUUAUAUUUGACUGUGACGGUGUCAUCUUGGAAUCUGAGCACUUACAUCGUCAGGCUUAUAACGAUGCAUUUCUUCACUUCAAUGUUCGUUCUCCUUCUUCUUCUUCUUCUUCUCAACCACUCAACUGGGAUAUAGAAUUCUAUGAUCAACUUCAGAACCAAAUUGGCGGUGGCAAACCCAAAAUGCGAUGGUACUUUAAGGAACAUGGGUGGCCUUCAUCAACGAUAUUUGAAACUCCUCCAACUAGUGAUGAAGAACGAGCCAAGUUGAUUGACACUCUUCAGGAUUGGAAGACAGAGAGAUACAAAGAUAUAAUCAAGUCUGGCUCUGUAAAACCUAGACCAGGAGUUUUGAAAUUGAUGGAUGAAGCCAGAGACGCUGGGAAAAAGCUAGCUGUUUGCUCUGCUGCAACUAAAAGUUCAGUUAUUCUUUGUCUUGAAAACCUUAUUGGAAUUGAGCGCUUUCAAAGCCUUGAUUGCUUUCUUGCUGGUGAUGAUGUGAAGGAAAAGAAGCCCGACCCGUCAAUAUAUGUGACUGCUUCCCAGAAGUUGGGUGUAUCAGAGAAAAAUUGCUUGGUGGUAGAGGAUAGUGUUAUUGGUUUACAGGCAGCAACACAAGCAGGGAUGUCUUGUGUGGUUACCUACACAUCUUCCACCGCUGAGCAGGAUUUCAAAGAAGCCAUAGCAAUCUACCCUGACUUGAGUAACGUAAGCUUGAAAGAUUUGGAGUUGCUACUUCAAGAUAUUGUAGCUGCUAAACAGGACAAUUGUUUAUGACAUGAAAAUGUUGGAAUUAUUAGUUACCUUGAAUUUGUUUAUGUGAGUAAAGCGGCUCGAAAGUUUGAGGUUUAUCACAAGGCUAAGAUCCUUUGUUUUUCUUUUUAUUUUAUUUUAUUUUUUUACAUGUUUUUAUGUGGAUUCAGUUCAUUGCAAAAUGUAAUAAAGGUCAUAAUUCAUUGUUUGUAUUUUGAAUGUCUCUCAUAGAUUUACUUUCAUGGUUCAUCAAGUUCA